AUGGAUUUCUCCGCAGAACGGACGCAAUCAGCGAAAGAUAAGAUAGAGUUAAGAAACAUCACGUUCACCACGGGAAUGGACAGCCACCGUCGCACAAGCUGUGCUGUACAGCCGGGCAAUCCUACAACUAACUCUGCCGUGGAGAAGGCGGGCAUGAGUCGUAAGAGAAGUACGGGUCAAAAGCCUUGUAAUAACGGACUAGAGAAGUUUGACCAGACAAUACAAUCUUUUAAGGACACGGAUACAGCGAAAAAAUAUUACAAGCGGAAAACGAAGAUGCUGUCUAGCGCGGCAGCAGUGAUGGGUAUUCUUGCAGUUGCUCUGGCUCUUUUAGACAUUGAACUUACGAUCCGAGGCACAGACACGGCCCAGGAUCUGUCACCAAUGGAUUUGUCUGUGAUUUUGAAUAAUCCCUUUCGACUUUCAGCAGCGGUCGUCAAGUCCUCGCUAAGUGUGUUAUCGCUUCUGACCUCCAUAACUAUUUAUCGCAUGAACGUGAACGAGCUUAGAUACUUAGUCGUCAGGAACAUCUACCUCAGGUCAGAAAAGUUCGUAAUGACUUCUCUGUUUCCGAGUUGCUUGGCGGAAGUGGCUAUUUGCCUUUUUCACGUCCCUCCUUUCUUAGACCACUACGGAAUGCCUUACGAACUUCAACUGCUGGUGUUUUUAAGGUUAUAUCUAAUCGCCAAAUACGUGAAAGAACACAACAUGUUUGUGGAUAAUCAGGCAACGGCAGUUUUCGCUUCAGUGACACAGACAGAGAUUUCAUCGGUGUUUCUGGUGAAGGCUUAUUUCCUCAAGUUCCCAUUUAGGCUGAUAUUUACAUUUUACCUUCUCAACAUCUUCUUAGGUGGAUAUUUUGUGUAUGUUAUUGAAAGGACCCACAGUACUUAUUUGGUAAGUACAAAUAGCUGAUAAUUCCAGUACAAAUACAACUUUAUUGGACAGUUCUAGUGGUACGGAAGUGUCAUUGGCCAUAUAAAAAAACAUUUACCAAAGAAUAUAUUACGGACGUGUUUGGUAUAAAUAACCUCCAGUCUUUGCUUCGACCCUUAUCAUUCAUCGCCUGUUUUUUCCAAAACUUUCUCGACUACCUCAAAUAAUAAUUUUGAGUUCAAUAGUCCUCGCUUCAUCACUGAUUCAAGAUGAUUUUCUUUAAUCAGUUAUUUACACAAAAAGCAGUGUUUUUAAGCUAAGAUCAAUUUCAACCCUUUUGACUUUCAAUUCACAAAUAAGUCUAUGUUGAACUCUGAUAGACGCGUCGGCUUUCAAUAGUACAACAAGUAAAAAAUCGGUUAAGCGUGAGAUCGUCUCACUAACAGUGGAUUUGUACAGCAAAUUCUCGGUAUAGAAUACCUUAUUUAGGAUAGAUAGGUUUUGUAUAAACACUUCGUGGUUUUGGAAGGUGCGAAAUGUUUUUAUCUCGGUAAUGGCGAGGCAUCCACCACAGCUUGAGUAAAAGUGAUUAAAAAUUGAAUAGCACUUCAUGAGCCGACCUCUAUUAUAAUACUAAUAGGGUUUUUGUCAUACUCCGGGUUACUUUUAUUUUCUUAAACAAAGGUCUCCCUGCAAAUUAACCCAUCGACCCACGAGUGGCAAACAGAAACGUUCCACAGCCUCUGUAACAUGUGAUGUUAAGUGCGUUUUCACGGUGAAUUCUUUUUCUCUGUGACCUUUUUUUAUUUGACGGUCAAGCUAUCGCGAGUUACAACCAUUUUAUGCGUCUGUCAAAAUAUUGACAAACGAAAUCUAUCUAUACACUCUUAAAUGUCAAAACAACAGAAACAGCUCGGCGGCAAAGCGGAAAACUGAUUAGUUGAUAUCGGUUCUUCUAAUUCGUCGCAUAAUAAUGAACAAAAAAUUUCUUUUUGCCUUUUACCUUUAUAAUCAAUUUGCGAUACUAAAAAGAGUAGAAACUUUCAGUCUAAGAAAUUCAAAAAAACAAGGUUGAAGAUAGCUUUAUUUCUAGUUCGGCUUUUAAAACGCAAAUAACGCUGGCAUCAGAAUUGAGAUUUAUGCGACAACUUUUUUGUGCUAAGUGAUCUGAAUUAAACUAUACACAUAACAUCAUAUAACGAUGUCGACAAAAGCCGUGUAUAGUUGGAAUAAAUAAACUGAAACUAUUUUGUCUGAAUUUUUUAAAGUAACUUUUUAAAAAUUCAAAAGAGCGGUACAUGAAACACAUGAAAUGACCUUCAGGUUAUACUUUUCUUUUCGAGAGAGUUAGAUUAAAACUUAACUUGUACCGACAAAAACUUUAAACUGAAUGUCAUACUCUGACCUUCAUGCAUCUUAGCCAGUCCUAACUCGGCAGGAUAUGUGCUUUUAACCACGUGCUUUCUAACACAAAAUGUCUAUCCUCUAACAUUCAUGACCGGCGUAAUUUUUCACGACGGAGUGGAAACAUCGCUAAACUUUAUUAUUGUCGACUUCUCUGGCAUCUAGGUUAAGACUAACAUUCAAAUGAACUCGUUGUUAAACUGAAUAAGCUCAGAACAUAGUACUCUUCUCAUUAGUUAAGAAUAAGAGGACAGUAAGAGAAGGAGAUUAACAAAACAACAACUGCUUUUCACUCUAAAAGCCUUUUUUGUUUCCUUUCUUUCGCAAACAAAAGCAAAAUGGUGGCAACGAAGUCAGCUAAGAGAAACUGUGUAAAUUACAAUAGACUAAAAUAUCUGUUGUCUCUUAUUUAUGAAAGUGAUCGCUUUUCUUGGUUGAAAAUUUCGAACUGCAUUACGUAACUAUCUUUGACCACAAUCAUUCAACAUAAACAGUUAUAAUGUUAUUGUGAAGAGUCUUCGCCAGAACAGAAAGCUAGAACUUCGUCAAAGCGUAGAGAAAAACACAAACAACAUGGAAUCUCAAAUAUGUUGCAGAUAAUGGACCAUUAUUACAUCAAACUGCAACUCGUAGCGAACGAAAACAGAAGGAAUCGAAAUCGGUCACCCUUGUGUAUCUUAUCUAAGCGUUGAAUUGCAUUGGGAUGUAACGUUUAUCAGCAGGGUUUAGCCUCAAACUGAUAAAAUGCCAUUCUGUUCAUUUAACCUAACGCCAUGCGAAUUUCCGACACAACAAACAGCAUGAAAUGUAGCAGUAUUAUAAUGAGCGUUUUAUUAAAAUAGCAACCCUCCCAGUUAAAAACAGGUCAAAGAAGAUUUUAAUUUUGUUGGUCUUCUAAUCUCAAACGACCUACUGCAGUUCCACUAAUCCCUACACAGCGCUCUCUACACAGAUCACACGAAUAAUAGACAUAUAUGUAUAUUUGUAAAAAAGAUGGAACUUUAUGGAACGUGAAACACGAAACUAAUACGCGGCAUGGUUUUUCGCGAUGCGCUAAUUACUUCUUUUGACGUCAUAACACUUCAUUCUGCUCCCAGUAGCUGUGGCCCACGUCAAAAUUAAAAGCAAAAGAGAUUUUUUUUAUAAAAUUCAUAAAAUCAUGAUAAAUAAACAGCAUAACGCAAUAAUACUGUUUAAAAGGUUUAAUUUGAAUGAUAACAUCAUAGGUUUUUGUCCAAGGAUUCGAAAGUUACACAAAGGUAACACCUCUGCCGCAUGUCACAUUCUUGGAGAAUAUAUUUCAAGCAGCAAUUUUUCAGGUCUUUUCUUCUGAAAGUGACUACUACUACUUCUGAUCAAUUUCUGCCGUAUAGUAUUGAAAAACGUUCAUUCGAAUCCUGCUUAACUAAUUGUGGACAUAUUCUUGAAACAGUUGGUUACCAUGGCAACAUUGUCACCUGUUCAAAGCUCCCUUAAUUUUAGCUUUAAGGACUUGUAUCCCCCUGACAAAAUAUUCUUGCAUGCCUAUUUUAAUGUAGCUGAAGUACUGAUAAAGUAGCAAAGCAUUCUUAAGGGGUGCACAGAGUUAACUGGAUAAGUUUUCGAAGACUUUCACUUCGAUUAUGCUGGUCGGAUCGCAUGUUUUUUCAGAUAUUUAUCAAAGUCUUUUAAUAAAAUGAUCACCACACCUAAUUUUAAACCGCGAAUUCCGGCAGUAUUUUCGAAAAAUAUUGGCCUUAAUUCGAGCAAAAUAGCCAGGACUUGAAAAAUAAAAGACUUUCUUUAAUUCAACUCCUCCUUAUUCAUUAAAACGAUCUAAAACGGCUGUACGGUUAAUUAACUGCAAGAACUGGUGGAAAAGAUGGUGCAAGAACUAGUGGCCAAGUCUGAUCGCUUUUACAGAUGCUACAAAUAACCAGUGCCUACACCCAAGGAAAUGUGUCGUAAACAAAACAAGGAGGCUCAAUACUAUUUUCUAAUCGUUCGAAAGACGACUGAUAUCAUGCACACCACUAAAUGGCAUAGGAAACAUAUUUAAGCCCUCAAGGGGAGACUUUAAAUAAUUAAUAGUUAUCCCUUUCCAAGUUUCAAGCUGGAACUGCGACAAUCUAGUCCACGAUGUCUGUCUAAAUUCAGCACUCUUAAGCUUUCUACAUAAGUACCCAAAAUGCAUAUAUUUCUGGGUAGAGGGUGUUUCCUUUUUAAUAACACGUUGUUGUGCCUUUAAGGCAGGCAUGGCCGAUUCUGUUUUGACAUUUGUUUUAAUUACGACGGGAAUCGGACUGUGAUUAUUAAGUUUCAAAUGAAGCCGGGUCAGGUUUUUAAUCAACUCCGCCACUGACUUUUCGUCAAAACAAAUUUAACCCGGUUUGCGUUUUUAUAGAAAUAAGAAUUUCAAUUCGUGUUAUUUUACUAGGUAUAUGCAUUUGAAGGCGAAAUCAACACUUCACACCUGCCAGCAUUGGGCGUAAAUUAGCAAGUAAAAUUAAGGAUGAUUUAAAGUUGAAGAUGAAACAAGGAAAAUUCUAUUUAAGAGUCAGGAGACGGCGUUUUUAAACAAUAAAAAUGACAAUAAUAAUCAACUGGAUCGAGAAAGUGGCGAGAUUCCUGUAAUUUUUCCUACGCAGUUCAUGGCCCAAUAAAGAAAACCUUCUAAAAAAUAAAAGGUGAAAUAAUGUCCAGCAUAUGAAGGGCUGACCCAACCGUUAAUCGAGAUCACCGGGUUGCUAAUUACGACGGAUCAAAACUUCGUUCAUUCAUAUGGACACAUCGACGACGGCAACGGCAGUGAAAACGUCACUUUUAAAAUGAAUUCCAGUUUUUCAAACACUGUCGCGUUCAUUCCAAUUUGAUGAAAAUGGGAAAUGUAGGCGAAUUUCCCUCGAGCUGAUUUCUUGAGGAGCGCACUCAACUUUAGAGAGGGGAAAAGAAAUUCGUCGUCGCUCGUUUGCUUCCUCCAUAAAACUUGCAAUUCGGCAUUUUCACGUCGUAGUCGUGCAAGGACGGUAAAGAAAUGUACAAAAAAGCGUGAUGCACGUGCAAAAUUGUUGUUUUGCGUAAUAAACCUAUUGCUUUUUUGACGUCCUCGUUGCCGUUUUCGUCGCCGUCGUCGUUGCUAAAGCUCCCUAUUUGAAUCAAGUUUCGGCGACAGGAGUUGGUGUCUCCGCCACACUAACACCUUAAUUUUUUUAUCUCACAUUGAUCAUAAAUGAAGGGCGCGUUUACUUUUCUCCUUUUUUGUCUUUAAUUGAGUGCGUUGUCUGGAAGAAAAGCUGUUAUCGGAAAGUCUAAUCGAAGAUCUGAGUGGGCGACAAUAUCAAAACCACCGACAAGAAAAAAACGACUUGAGUUGUCCUAAGUUGGGUUUUGGGAAGGAAAAGUCAAGUCGCUUCUUGUAUAAUUUGUCUUUGGACAAAACGAUAACAUCAACUAUACAUGAUCAAAUUAGACCUACAGUAGUUUAAUAUUUGACUUUCAAAGUGGCUAGAUUUACCCCCCGACAGACCUCCUGUGAUUGGCGAAUUUAGACUACUUGAAAAUCUUUAGCACCUGAUAGGGAAAAAAGACUACACGAGAUCUUUCUCCUUUAGACAGAUCAGAACUUUGUUAGUAGACUUGACCUUUCUAGAAGUUAAAAAAUGAAAAUGCCCCCGGGAUGAAAAUCCAACCUCAGAGCCAUCUUGAAAACACAGGCUUAUUUUGACUUAUUGCUCAUCAUUGGGGAGUACCCACGCUGACAAGUUUUCACACAGAUCUUUGAAUUGUGAACUUUAUCAGCUGCAUGCAUUUUACGGUCGAUUUCUUUUAACAAGGAGUUUCAAUUCGCACUAUUUCUAAAACUUUGACUGUCUUGGGAAAUUUUUGCUUAGUUAAAUUAUACAAUACGAUAACACUAAACACUAAAGUUUUGACAUUUAUGAAAAUGGCAAAUAACGCAGUAAAAUAAUCAACAUUAUUUUGUAAAGAAAAUGUCAUUAACAAGUUACGACCAAUAACAUUGAGGAAAGUCGUUAUUACGCAAAACCUAAAGCUUCAAUAUCACUCCAAGCCCCUUUAAUUGCCUGUCUAUAAGGCUCAUUUUCUACUGGAAUAAAUUUGUUCUAGCAGCAGGUGAAACCGUUUAUAUUUGCUUGAUGACUCGCUUAUUUACCACCUCAAUAACAAUUGCCAUAUUUUUCGAAAUAUUAUAAUAUUUUACUGAGAAUGACCCGCAAUGAAAUUUCUACAUCUACAGGACACCGUAUGGAUGCUUGUCGUUACCAUGACAACCCUCGGCUUUGGAGAUGUUGUGCCUAAAAAGCUUCUAGCUCGCGCUUUUGUAGGCUUCGCCUCCGUGUUGGGAAUAUUUCUGAUGGCUUUAUUUAUAAGCGUCGUGCACGAAGCCCUUCAACUAAAGCAACAAGAGAAAAGGAUUUUGGCAACCAUGGAGAAUGCAGGUAAUUUUUCAAACGAUUUUCGCGUUCAUGAUUUUGAAAUUAUGUUAAGGAACGUUAUCUUUGUGGGUUAAAAUUUAGUUUUGCACUGCAAAUACUUUGGCUUGGUGUCCUAGAUUUGCAACUCUUCAUCAUUACUCUGUUUUGGUCAAGAAUUACAAUAUAUAUACAUAUUUAUUUGCGGUCUGUGCAACUUCCCGAGUCUUUUAACACACCAUUUUAGGGUAAACAAUCGAGUCACAGCUAGCAAGUUACUUCAGCAUUCUCUGGCCACUUGCUGACAGAAAAACAUGUGCUUGCUAUUUUCUCGCCACUGAGCAUCUACUUAACCUGCUGAACUGGUUUCCACGCCGGUUUUUUCACCUCCCUACCCUUAAAAUUCAUGGAAAGGAGUAAUAAACUAGAAUCAUGACAGAAUCACGAGAUAAUAUGCGUCUUUCCUCAGAACAUCUAAGCAGGAAAAAGAACCUUGCUGCCACUUGCAUACAGAGCACAUGGAAACUGUAUCGUUUCAAGAAAGAGAACGCGGACACAAUCGAGUGGGGUGACUGGUUCAAAACUCAGAAAUUCAGGAGGUAUGAGCACAAAAUGGCUGAAGACAUACGAAAAUGGAGAUUUGUACGAAGAAGUUGGUCACGAGGUAGGCUCACUACCAUUUACAAGCGCCGACCAGCAACGGUCGAAAUAUUGUUAAGCGAUGCGCUCAUAAACUCCUGUUACUCCCUAGUUAACACUCUUCACCUCUAAAUCAACAGAUGACUACUGGAGAAAGUUUUUUUUGGCCGACGACAUCGCCAUGUUGCUGACCGAUGUUUCUAGGAGUGUCGGGAACGUGGAAUUGUUCCUUCAGAAGCAAACUGGUGUCCGUCGCAUUAGUAAAAGCUCGUUUAAAAGAAGCAGCAGCAGUGUUGAAUCACCGCCACCUAUUCUUGAAGUAAGUUGUCUCUUGUUCUCAAGAAACGUUUUCAAACCUGUCGUACAAUCCAAACUAAUUCCUCUAGCCAAUCAUAUAGCUAUGACGCAGUUUUCAAUCUUGUCAUUGACUCCAAUUUAAGACUUCCUAAUUUCGCUGGCCAACCGUAGCAGAGACAAAGACCCAAAUUAACCAAUCAUAGCUCGAAGUAAGCGCGGGGAACGAGGAUUUCAAAUCUGUCGAAGAAUCCAAACUUAAUUCCGCUAGCCAAUCGAAGCAGGGAAAGAGACUCAAAUAAACCAAUCAUAGGUCGACGAAAGCGCGGGAAAAAGCGUUUAGGCAAGUUAUGACUGGCUUCUCCUAAGAUUGGAUAAGAAAAUGGCGGGGAAUUGUUUUUCUCGCCCAUCAAGGAGAGAAGUUGGAGUGUAGUAAUGUAAAGAAAGAGAUAGAGAAUCAAAUUAACCAAUCAUGUCUCCAGAAAAGCGCGGGAAAACGCGUUGGCGCAAGUCACGAUUGGCUUACCCUGUGACUGGUUAAGAAAAUGGCGCGAAUUGCUUUCUAGCCAAUCAAUAAGCGUAGUACAAGUAUUUGCUUAAGUUUUGGAAUUAAUUAUAGCGGUUUUAGUAGUUAAAAUAUUUGGAAGGCUUUUUUUUACAAUGUUUGAACCACUGUAAUAACAUGAACAAAUUAAGUAUUGAUACUUAUUGAUGGCUUGCAGGAAGAAAAUACGAAUUCACACGUGGAAUCCCAACAGAAAGACAGAUGCAGAAAAGUUCAUGCGGUUCUAGUUGAUCCUUGGGCUCGGCAAACAAACUUUGCACAAAAUCAGCGACCACUAUCACCCAGUUCAUCUACUCCACUUCCAAACCAACUUCAAUUUGUCAAUCCGCUUGACAAGUGUACAAAUGGCCAUAGAAAUCACGUGCCCUACGGCAAAUUUAUGGACGUUAACGACAACAGCCGGGUCACAUUCCGUACGAGAAAGGAGAGUGACCCUAUAGACAGAGGAGUAAUCCCCGCUGACGCAUUACAUGGGAAAAUUGAGUCGUUAGAGAACGCUUUAGAUCAGAUUUACCGAAGAAUGAAGACCGAACUUAGAGACGUUCGCGACUCGUUAGCUAGUUUAAGUCCUUUACCGUCUUCCAGAGCUUACAGUUAUUCUCACGGCUUUGGUUAUCAACGAACAAAAGAACACGCUGACUUAUGA